AUGGCACCUUUCAAGUUUGCCAAAAAAAUUUCGAAAGAUAAAGCCAAGCACGAGCCCGCUCCAGCACCUAAAGCGGCUCCCCAACCUCAACCUCAACCUCAAAUCGCUAAGCGGUUCACGCAUAGCGCAAUUCCAGAACCUGCAGCUGCGCGCAUUUUCCCGACACCUGUGCCAGUUCAGCAGCGCAAUGUGUCUAGUGCAUCCGCGUUGCAGCAGACAGAGUAUACUCCAUGGAGCCGCGUCAAGCUGGCAAACUCGCCUUUUCCCCGAUACCGCCAUGUCGCGUCCGCUUAUGCUUCUGAACAGAACCAGGUUUACGUGAUAGGUGGUCUCCACGACCAGUCGGUUUAUGGGGACACAUGGAUUAUCUCUGCUCACGACAACGGCAGCAAGUUCUCGUCCAAAACUGUCGAUAUCACAGACACCACUCCCCCUCCUCGGGUUGGGCACGCUUCCACACUGUGCGGAAAUGCUUUCGUUAUUUUCGGAGGUGAUACGCACAAGGUCAACAGCGAUGGGUUGAUGGAUGAUGACGUCUAUCUUUUCAACAUCAACUCUUAUAAAUGGACUAUUCCACGGCCGGUUGGCCCUCGGCCCCUUGGCCGCUACGGCCACAAGAUCAGCAUCAUUGCCACGUCACAGAUGAGGACUAAACUCUACGUGUUUGGUGGCCAGUUCGACGACACUUACUUCAAUGACUUAACGGUGUUUGACCUCUCUUCGUUCCGCCGCCCAGACUCUCACUGGCAGUUCAUCAAACCAAACACGUUCACGCCGCCUCCGCUUACGAAUCACACGAUGAUCUCGUAUGACUACAAGCUCUGGGUAUUCGGCGGUGACACGCCUCAGGGUCUCAUCAACGACGUAUUUAUGUUUGAUCCACAAAUCAACGACUGGAAGGUCAUGCAGACUACAGGAGACAAGCCUCCCCCACUGCAAGAGCACGCGGCCGUGCUGUAUGGAGACCUAAUGUGCGUGGUAGGGGGAAAGGACGAGCAAGAUGUUUACUCUAACAGUGUCUUCUUCCUCAAUUUGAUUUCUUUGAAAUGGUUCAAGUUGCCUUCUUAUCGGUCUGGCAUACCUCAGGGGCGUUCUGGUCACUCUUUGACUUUGCUUCCUAACCAUAAGCUCUUAAUUAUGGGUGGUGACAAGUUCGAUUACGCCAGAGGCGGAGAGGGCGACGUUCACACCUCUGACGUGGAUUUGGGGUGCGGAACUCUUCUCUAUGUUCUUGACCUAUCCAAGCUGGGGGAGCAGUGCCCAGGCAUAUUUGAUGCCAAGCGUGUUGCUGCUCCACAAAAAGGGGUUGAGAACAUUCCAACCUCGCCCCCUCAGCCCAGUCGCAACGCAUCAAUUCAACAAAACAUUUUAACUCCUUUCAGCGAGCGCUACCAGACUCCCAACACUGAUCAAGGCGGCUUUUCUGCUGUUGAAAAAUUCACAACGCCAAAAACCGAUGGCGUGUUUAGCCCCAGACCUGAAGCUGAGGACAGCAACACAGAAGCUAGUGCUCUUGGAACCCCACAAGACAUUAAGAAGCCAACUUCGCCAGUUCCACAAUUGAAGACUAAUCACUGGAGCGCCCAAAGUCCUCCACCACGUGUAGUUUCAUUGAGCUCUGCAAAUGAAUCAGAGCUUGGUAGCUCUCGUGGACAUGACAGUCAAUUCAGCGGCGAUGUUAGUGAAGAGUAUGGCGUUGCAAUGAUUGGAAAUUCUCCAUCUAGGCCCGUUGUCCGCGAAAGUAUAUUACCGGAGGACGAAACCCUAGAGAAUUUGCCAAGUCGAAGCUAUUCAGGAGAAACCACUCCUCAACGCGAAGAUAUACAACCGGUGAGCUCAACUCCAGAACCUGCAAGGCCAGUAGUGGCACGGGACCAAGGGAAUCUCGGGACACAGGUCCAGGAGAACAUAGCCUCGCCAGGCCCGGAAAACAUGGCGGUGCGAAGCCAGGAAAACACUGCAACGCGAGGCCAGGAAAACACUGCGACGCGAGGCCAGGAGAGCAUGGUGGCACGUGGUCAGGAAAACACGAUGAAACGAACCCAAGAGAAUUCAAUGGCACGCGGAGAAGAGGGUUUGAUGACGCGUAGUCCAGACAAUUCAACACAAAAUGGCAUGAAAGGGGUGCCCUUCGAGAUCAUUGAGGCUCUACGAAAGGAACUUGGGGACUUGCGUUCUGAAGCAGAAAAGAGUGCGCAGUCGGCCAGUCGGCGCAUUGAAGAGCUGGAACAAGAAAACAGCAGGUUAAAAGAGAGCAAUGACGCGGGAUCCCGUUUAGUGAAGUUGCAGACGGACUAUGAUCUCGCAGUCGCCGACCGUAAAGCGCAUGAAGAUCGUGUGGGCGAAGUUGAAGACCUUCUUUCCAAAAAAUUCCUCGACGUAGCGCGGCUUCACGAUAUCAUAAGGGUCCAGAGUAGCAAAAUCGGAUCUCUUGAGGGCGAAGAGACGUUCAAAGAGAAAUACGAAGAGCUGAAUGACAAGUAUGAGCAGCUCUUGAAAGACCAUGAGACUCUGAAGGCCAAGGACCGAGAAGAAGAAAAGAGUCUACAUGAAUCAAUCGCCCAGUACAGUGUUCAGCUAGAACAGUUCCUGGCGAGCAGAAAUGAGGGCCAAGAAGAAGGAAACGGAGGAGUCAGAAGUAUUUCCGGCCACCAUCAAAAGGUAAUCGAAGAUCUCAGGUCGCGUAUGGACCAGAUGGUUUCUGAGAAGCAAGGAACGGACUCAUCGGCCGCGGAACUAUCAGAAAAGCACAAGGAGCUUGAAAACAAGUGUCGAAAGCUGGAAGAAGAACUGAAGGCUAUCGAGUACAACUACGAGAGCAGCGUGAACUCGGUUAACAACGCUAGCAGAGCGCUCGCUUUGUCGCAAGAAGAGCUCAACAAAUACAAACAGGAGAGCAAACGUCUUGCUGAUGAGCUAGAGGAAAUGAAAUACAAAUCAGUGGACCGCCGCGACACAAGCCUGACGUCAAAUGACGACUCGCUUCUAAGCUCGAGUGGCGCCGGCCUGGCGGCCGAGCCCAAGAGCGACAUGCGGGACGCUCCCUACCGUCUGAAAAUCAAGGACUUGAAAGCCGAGCUUUUCAUCAUAAAACAGGAGAGAAACGCGCUAAAGGACGACGUAAUGGAGCUAAAGAAAAAGCUUCUCAACCUCGAAAACGAGGACGACUGA